AUAGAACGUUUAGUUUCCCUCCCUUCGAACCUUUCGCUUCAACUGGCUUCUAAAUUAAUUCAAAAUUUUUAUUUUCCUUUGAAUAUUAAUCUCAAUCCAUAAAAUUUCAUAAAAAUGUGCGGAGGCGGUUGUGGCUGUGGUCCAUGCGGAGGCUGUGGUCCCUGCAGCGUAUGUCCCACGCGCUACCUGAAAAGAUCAGAGGAGCAUAUGCCUUGCGUGUGGUGUGCGCCGUGCAAGGCUCAUUGCUACAACACCCCACCCAAGUGCGGUUGCUAAGGGCCUACGCACUUCGCGUCUGUACGGAGUAAUCUUUAAGGAAAAUUAAAUAAUUUAAUACCAACUCCAAUCCUCCUAGUUCUAUUUUAACUGUCGACAAUUAAGUGGCAAUAUC